AUGGCGAUCUGUACUUAUAGCGCACGUACGCUUGCAUCGGAAGCGGCCAUCGAAGAUCUGAUGAUGCAAUCCAAGAAGAUCAAGUACGACGUCAUCAGACUGACCGAGACGAGACGACGUCACCCUCUCAACGCCGUAUAUGAAACUGGAGAAGAACUAUGUGUUCCAACACCGGCUUUGACUAUCUUCGUCGCUUACGCUCCAACAUCAAGUUACGAUGAAGAAGAAGUCGAAGCUUUCUAUAUGGACCUGGAGAAGUUCUACCGAAAAGAUCAUGCCUUCUACAAAGUCAUAAUUGGCGAUUUCAACGCCAGAGUUGGCCCAAGAAAAACGCCGGAGGAACUUCACAUCGGGACCCACGGCCUACAAUGGAAUGACCAGGGAGAGAGGCUCUCCGAGUUCAUCAUGACGACUAAGACCAUCCAUGGGAACUCGCAAUUCCAGAAGCCCUCCUCUCUACGCUGGACGUGGGAGCCACCCGGUGGAGGGUACCGUAAUGAAAUAGACCACAUCAUCGUCAAUAAAAGACCAUCGCCUCCUCUGAGGAGAAUUUUCCUUCACAAGGAGAGCAGAGAAGGCCGCCAAGUUCAGAGAGAGAAAUCUCAGGACUACCAUCAACUGGGAUCUCUUCGCUACGCUAGCCGGCUUUUGGGAAGAUUCCGCAAUGGACAACAAAAAAGAAUAGAGGAAUAUGACCAGCUUGUUGAACACCUUCACGACUGCGCGAAGAAGGCUGAGAGUUUUAAAACCACCAAGAGACGCCUGUCUCUUGAAACUCUUGAGCUGAUACGCCAUUGUGGAGCAGCACGAGCCACAGGGAACCAAGAACUCACGUCCGAACUCGCAAGGCUUUGCAGAGAGGCGAUAAAGGAAGACCUUAAAGAGAGAAGAGCAGAAGUGCUGGCCGAAGCUGCAGAGGCGGGGAAAAGCAUCCGCUAUGCCCUCGAGACUUGCCAAAAACAGAAACAGCCAUUGCAUCGAGAAGGGGGAUGGAGAAAGUCACCUACGACUUCUACUCUGAUCUCUUCGACAGCCAUGUCCACUUACCUCCUCACCAUCUGA